AUGUUCACCGUCCACCCACUGACGGGGGAGAACGGCGCGAUGCGUAUACUGCCGGGACAGCCCAGCGUGGACAAGGUCUACAGGCAGCAGGAGCACCCCCCGCCCAAGCUGGACGGGGAGCCCUGGCCCUCCAGGCGCAGCCAGCUGUUUCCUCUGCCUGCGGGCUGCGGCAUCCUCAGGGACAUCCGGGUCUGGCACGGGGGCGUGCCGAACUCCACCGGAGAGGACCGCCACCUUGCCGUGCUGCAGUUUUACUCCAGGCGGGUGCUUCGCUUGUGCCCGUUGUGGAAGGAGAGCGUGGCAGGGGCGUGUCAGAGAGUGCCGUGCGCUCCAAGCUGUCGCCGGGGACCCAGCAGGUCGUCGCCGCCGAGAUCGUGCUGCGCGAAGGCGACGAGGAGCCGCGGCUGA